GAAAGCUGAUGGCACCACUGAAUGGGACUCAGACAGCUAAGAACUGCACAGAUCCUGCCAUUCACGAGUUCCCCACAGACCUGUUCUCCAAUACGGAGCGACAGCACGGAGCCGUCCUGCUGCACAUCCUCGGUGCUCUAUACAUGUUCUACGCCCUGGCCAUCGUGUGCGAUGACUUCUUCGUUCCGUCUCUGGAAAAGAUCUGCGAGAAACUCCAUCUGAGUGAAGAUGUGGCUGGAGCCACCUUCAUGGCUGCGGGAAGCUCAACGCCUGAGCUGUUUGCUUCUAUUAUUGGCGUGUUCAUCACCCACGGAGACGUCGGGGUCGGGACCAUCGUGGGCUCUGCCGUGUUCAACAUCCUGUGUAUCAUCGGCGUGUGUGGACUAUUCGCGGGGCAGGUGGUCCAGCUGACGUGGUGGGCCGUGUGCCGAGACUCCGUGUACUACACCCUCUCCGUCAUCGUGCUCAUCGCCUUCAUAUAUGAUGAAGAAAUUGUGUGGUGGGAAGGCCUGGUGCUCAUCGUCUUGUACGUGUUUUACAUUCUGAUCAUGAAGUACAAUGUGAAGAUACAGGCCUUUUUCACAGUCAAACAAAAGACCAUUGCAAACGGCAACACGGUCAGCAGCGAGCUGGAGGAUGGUAAUGAUUACUGUGGUAGUAGCUCUGAUGACCCUUCCCUGCCAUUGCUGGGGUCAGUGAAGGAGGAGCCACGGUACAGCAAAAACCCAGUGGUGAUGGUGGACGAGGUCAUGAGCUCCAGCCCUCCCAAGUUCAGCUUCCCCGAGGCGGGCUUGCGCGUCAUGAUCACCAAUAAGUUUGGGCCCAGGACCCGGCUGCGGAUGGCCAGCAGGAUCAUCAUCAACGAGAGGCAGAGACUGAUCAACUCCGCGAACGGUGUGAGCAGGAAGCCACUUCAAAACGGGAGGCAGGAGAGCAUCAAAAACGGGAAUGUUCCCAUGGAAAACCCAGAAGACCCCCCGCGGGAGCAGCAGCCCCCGCCGCCGCCGCCGCCCCCGGAGGCAGAGCCCAUGGAGGCCGCCUUCCUGUCCCCGUUCUCCGUGCCCGAGGCAAGAGGGGACAAAGCCAAGUGGGUGUUCACCUGGCCGCUCAUCUUCCUCCUGUGCGUCACCAUCCCCAACUGCAGCAAGCCCCGCUGGGAGAAGUUCUUCAUGGUCACCUUCCUCACUGCCACGCUGUGGAUCGCCGUCUUCUCCUACCUAAUGGUGUGGCUGGUGACGAUUAUCGGGUACACAUUUGGGAUCCCCGACGUCAUCAUGGGCAUCACUUUCCUGGCGGCGGGCACGAGCGUUCCAGACUGCAUGGCCAGCUUAAUCGUGGCGAGACAAGGCCUGGGCGACAUGGCGGUCUCUAACACCAUAGGGAGCAACGUGUUCGACAUCCUCGUGGGACUUGGCAUACCGUGGGGUCUGCAGACCAUGGUUAUCAAUUACGGAUCCACGGUGAAGAUCAACAGCCGGGGCCUGGUCUACUCCGUGGUGUUGUUGCUGGGCUCCGUGGCGCUCACCGUCCUGGGCAUCCAUCUCAACAAAUGGAGACUGGACUGGAAGCUGGGCGUCUACGUGCUGGUCCUCUACGCCAUCUUCCUGUGCUUCUCCAUCAUGAUCGAGUUUAACGUCUUCACCUUUGUCAACCUGCCGAUGUGCCGAGAAGACGACUAAAGCCGAGCUCUGCCCGCUGGGAGCUGCUCCGGACACCGGCCUAGCGUCCUCCCCUCGCUCCCUCCCCCUCUGCGUCCCCCGCACGGGCAGCCGCCGGCUGUCUUUUCUGACACUGGAAGGAAGAGCCAUCAUGGUCUUUGGCCCCGGGCCAGGCUGCUGGGCAUCCUCCUCCUCCUCGGAGUUAGUUCUGCCCCCCCAAAAGGCGAGAUGCAGGGGCCGCUAUUUGAGCAUCUUUUGCGGUCACAGGGAUGUGGCGCGUGUCCCGUCUCUCUCGGACACUUCGGUCAGAAGGACUUCGGGGUGCGGUUUGUCUUUCUGUUUCGGGCGUCCUGAGAGAUGAGGUGGUCGGUGACGGUGAAGUCUCCCGGGGCACGUGCAGAAUGGGAAUGUGGUCCUCCAGUGACUCCUCCGGGCCAGAGGGGGGCGUUGCUUAGGCAACUUUUGCUGCAAAGAGACGAAGAGCCCACUGCCGCUGGAGCAGGGGUCUCCCCCUGCCAGGGGUGUGGGGCUGUGAUGGCGGACACCCCACUCCUUUUUCUAGACCAACUGGAAGAAUGGAAACAGUUUUUCAGGUUUGUUUAUUGUUGUUUUUACAGCAGAAGCGAGAAAACAAGAACACAAUAUUCUCCUCCUUGUAUUGAUGCACUCGGAGAAUGAGCAAUGAUCUAUUAAAGACGAAAUGUCCUGCAGAUCAUCAUACUUGAAAAAAUAUCAUUCCGUACAAAAUGGGGACCAAAACGGUAACACUCGCGGAAAACGGGUCCUGUGUGUGUGGGUGGUGGUGCAUGGACGCUGACACGCUUGGCUUGGAGCUUGGGAAGGAGGGAGAGACUGACCUCGGAACGGGUGCUGAUGCAGACGGGCGGAGCUCGUAGUUCACAGCCAUACGUUCCAGGCCUUCCGUGGGAGGCGACGCGCUGUCACUUGGGGUUUGUCGUUGCUUUGUUAAUGCCCGACUCUCAGAACCAUCCUGUGGAAAGACCCAAAUGUUGAUCUGCCCAGCAAAUCUCAUAGCCCACUGAGCGGGAAGGAGGGUGCCAGCACUCGGUUCACGACCAGAAGAAAGAGGUCCCGGAACCGGGACUUGGAAUGUUUAGAGCUAAGUUUCUUGAACCUUACAGUUUGCUACAUGGGAAAGGCCCAGGGCGGGAGGCUGAUUCAAAGAUAGAAAAAUAUUAAUUUCCGAUCGCUUCCGAGCUCUCAAAUAUAUAUUAAAAAGGUUUAUGAACACAAACCAUUUGUGGUUUCUGAAAAGAGAGCACAAUUCAUUUUAUACGUAUAGA